AAGAGUAAAGAUUCAUCUGUUAGCCAUUCAUCAUCAUAUAGUAGCCAAUCAAUAUCAUCAUCAAAUAUGUCAAAAUCUUAUUUCUCAACUGAUAACGUAUCAUCCACCUCUUCAUCAGGUGUUAGUGAAAAAUCGGUUACAAGCGGUGAAUCCAAAACAAAAUCAUCAGCAAAAACUUCCCAACAACAAAGCAGUGGCAGUAUAACAGCCAGUACAAUUGGUGCAAGUCAAAAUAAAUCAGGUCAAACAACAAUUUCAUCAAAUUCCAAAAGUUCGGUUAGCUCUUAUCAAUCAACUUCUUUUGUAUCGGGAUUAAGUAAUGUUUCAUUGUCAUCGAAAGCAAGUUCAAGUUAUGGUUCAAAUAAAACUUCCAAAUCAGGUACUAAAUUAUCCAAAUCAGGAACUAAAGCAUCCAAAUCGAUGGCAUCAUCGGCAAUCAAUAUUUCCAUCGAACCAUCAUCCAUUCCAGGACGGCCAAAACUUUGUGAAAAAUUGGAUGAAAUUAAUCAUAUUGAACCAUAUAUCAAAAUUGAUAAUGAAAAUGAAAUUCAAUCUAAUGGUGGUUUUAAGAUCAAAAAUUUUAUCGUUGCAGAUGAUUGUUAUAAAUAUUAUUCUGCUGAAAAAAAUUCAAAUGAAAUCAUUUGCAAAAAAAUGAUUCUAGACAAAUGUACACCACGUUAUCGAGAGAAUAUAUUGAAAAAUUCUUUAAAAAUUGCAAGAUUUAUUGGCGGAACAAAUGGUUCACCACCGAUAAGUAAACAUUUCAUCGAUAUUAUGGAAAUUUUCCGGCUCGGUUCACAUGUCUUCAUGUUCAUGGAAAAUUGUCCAAACAAAUCAAUGUAUCUUAUGUUAAUUGAUCAUGAUAAUUAUUUACCUGAAGAUGAACGCCGAUGGACAGUACAGAUUGUGAAAGGAAUUGCAAAAAUGCAAGAAUAUGGUAUUGCACAUCGAUUUCUUAAAUUACAACACAUUUUAUUUGAUAGUAAUCAAAAUGUUAAAAUUGCUGGCUGGAGUAAAUCGGUUUUAUUCUGGGAUUCAAAUAAUGAUUGUCCAUUAUUGCAGAAUGGCGAAAGACGGUCCAGAAAAAAUUGUCAUCUACCACCAGAAUCAUUUCGUGGUGUUUAUGAUCCAUCCAAAGUAGAUAUGUGGUCAUUAGGUGUGAUUAUGGUGUGUCUUCAAACACGAUCUUAUCCAUUCAAUGUGAAUUCGACAUCAAAAUUUUCGGCACAAUGGCGUCAAUUCGUUGUGAAACAUGAAAUGAAUCGUUAUGUACGCGCUGCAUGUAAUCAAACAUUUUUCAUUGAUCCAAAACGUAGAGCAAGACCAACAGAUUUUCUUAAUCAUCCAUAUUUCAAUACACCGAAUUCAAAUAUUAAAUCAAAAGUAUUGAAAACAACCGAAGAUCCUAAAUAUGAUCCAAAUAUGCCAGAAGAAUUAUCUUAUCAUGUUUCAACAACUGCAGUAGUUAGUGGCGCUAAUAGCCAGUCAGGUGCGACCAGUGAAUCCAAUGCAACAACAACUACCACAUCAUGGUCUAAAUCAUCAUCAGCCACUACUAGUAAUAAUUAUUCAUCAUCGGCCAAUAAAGGAUCAUCGUCACAAAUGAAAAGUAGUGCUAAAAGUUCAAAUUCUUCAUCAUCAAUGGGUGGUGGAUCAUCAUCAAAAUCAUCAACAUCGAAAACAACGGCAGCAUCGACUACAGCAACAAAAACAACAACAACAACGAAGACCACAAAUGAUGAAGAAAUUGGUGAUGAUAGUGCAACAGGUGUAGAGGGUGGUCGAGUUGGUCAUGAAAUUCCAGCUGAUGAAAUGACAUAUGAAUCAACGGCACAGGAAAGUUCAGCACCGGAAGAACAAGCCGAUCAAGCUAAACCAAUUUCAUAUAGUAGCCAUAGCAGCAGUCAAACUAGUAGUAGUAAAAGUAGUAGCAAUAAUAUGACAACAUCGAAAAAAAGUGUUACAUAAAUGAAAAUUGAUUUUAUUAAAAAAAAAUGAUUUUUUUUUCGAUAAAUAUGACAUAGAAAA